AUGCCGCGUCGCGUCGCGGUGAUCGGCGCCGGCGUCUCCGGCCUAGCCACCGCGUGGCUGCUCAACAGGGCGGGGGAGCGCGUCACGCUGUACGAGGGCUGCGCGAGAUGCGGCGGCCACACUCUGACGGACGGAUCCGGGCCGUGCCCUGUAGACCUCGGCUUUCAGGUGUACAACCUGACCACCUACCCCAACCUGGUUGGGUUCCUCGAGGAGCUGGGCAUCGACACGGAGCCGUCGGACAUGUCGUUCGCGCUGUCGCUGGACGGAGGCGCGUUCGAGUGGGCCAGCACGGGCCUGGGGGCGGUGUUUGCACAGCGGGAGAACGUUUUCAACGCAGGGUUUUGGAGGAUGAUUUGGGAGGUUGUGCGCUUUGGGCAGUUGGCGCCGCAGGUGCUGGAGGCAAAGAAUGCAGAGCUGUAUGAUGACAUGGACCUCGGGACGUACAUCAAUCAAGAGGGAUAUGGUGAGGUCUUCAAGCAAUGCUACCUGCUGCCUAUGUGUGCUGCAGUGUGGAGUGUGCCGUUCAGCAUCGCCAUGCAGUACCCUGUGAAGGUGCUUGUUCGCUUCUGGGUGAAUCAUCACCUGCUGGACCUGUUCCAAAGGCCUCUGUGGAGGGUCGUGAAGAACAGGAGCGUAGAUUAUGUUGACAGAGUUUUAAAAGACCUGCCCGAUGUAAGGACUGGACAGGCUGUGGCAUCAGUGGCAGCUGUUGAUGGCGAUCGCAUCGUUGUGACCACUAAAGAUGGAUCAAAAGAUGAAUUCGAUGCCGUGGUUCUGGCAACUCAUUCAAACACCUCCCUCUCCCUUCUUGGGAAUGGUGCAUCAGCCGAUGAGAGACACAUCCUAUCGUCCAUUCCAUACCAAGACAACGUUGUCUAUUACCACAGUGACACAAGCCUGAUGCCCAAACGAAGGUCCACAUGGGCAUCGUGGAACUUUUUGGGCACAUCUGUGUCUCAACAAGAUGAAGACGUCUGUGUGACCUAUUGGCUCAAUCACCUUCAAAACCUGCCAGCUGGUACACCAGAUGUGUUCGCCACACUCAACCCACGUGUUCCUCCACACAAGGACAAAACAUUCAGCCGAGUGACUCUAGCACAUCCAAUUUUCACCGCUGCUGGAUGCUCAGCUCAGACACAGCUCCACAAGAUACAAGGAAAACGGGGUUUGUACUUCGCGGGAGCAUGGUGUGGCUAUGGCUUCCAUGAAGAUGGCAUGAAGUCAGCGAUCGCUGUUGCCCAGCUGUUGGGGGCCGAAGUGCCCUGGAAGCCCAUUUCCACAUCUCCAAAGGUCGAUUGGAUUGACUGGAUGUUCAUGAGGACGUUUGACCGAUUUGCUAAAAUAGGUAUCAGAAAUGGAAGUUUGAGGAUCAUCCUUCCAAGCGGUGCAGAGCUGCAGUAUGGUGAAGGUGGCCAUGAACAGCUUGAAGGCAACUGGCAUGGCCGUCCUCGUGCCAGGGCAACCAUCCGUGUCUUGAAAAUGGCCUUCUUCAGGAAAAUCGUUAUCCGUCAUGACUCAGGGUUUGGUGAGGGCUACAUGGACGGUGACUUUGAGGUUGAUGACAUUGGGGGCCUGCUGGCCAUUGCUGUGGCGAAUGCAGCCAACAUGCAGAACAAGCGGGGGGCCCUGGGGUUCUUUAACUGGAUGGGCGAUCGGUUGUUGCACCUGGCCCACCUGCGGAGGGCAAACACGAUCGUUGGGAGCCGGAAGAACAUUGAGCAGCACUACGAUGCUGGGAACGAUAUGUAUAAGUUGUUCCUUGAUGAGACCAUGACGUACUCAAGCGGCAUCCACAAUCCAGGUAAGACCCUGCAGGAAGCCCAACUGAAAAAAUUGGAUGUCAUCAUCGCCAAGGCCCAAAUAACGUCCACUGACAAUGUCCUUGAGAUUGGCUGUGGGUGGGGCUCCUUUGCCAUACGUGCCGCACAGAGCACAGGCUGCACAGUGACAGGACUGACCAUCAGCAAAGCCCAGCUGGGAGAGGCGCAAGCACGGGUGAAAGCUGCAGGCCUCGAGGAUCGGGUGAAGCUGAUGCUGUGUGACUAUCGGCAGUGCCCCGGUGCUGGGACUUUUGACAAGGUUGUCAGCAUCGAGAUGAUUGAGGCCGUUGGGCAUGAGAAUAUGGAUGGGUACUUUGCGACGAUUUGGAGGAUGUUGAAGCCUGGAGGUGCAGCUGCCAUUCAAGCCAUCUCUGUGCCUGAUGAGCGCUACAAGGCAUACUGCGGCUCAUCCGAUUUCAUAAGGGAGCACAUCUUCCCAGGCGGCCACCUCCCUUGUCUGCAACUGGUCAGCGACUUGGCCAGGCGGCAUGGCAUGUCUGUGCAUGACGCCAACGACAUCGGCCUUGACUAUGCUGUGACCCUGCGGCAAUGGAGGGCCUCCUGGGAGGAGCGCAAGGAGGAACUGGCAGCUCUGGGCUACAACGAGUGGUUCUGGAAGAAGUACAGGUUCUACUUUGCAUACUGUGAGGCAGCUUUUGAUGCGAAAUACAUACACAACUUCCAGAUUGUGCUCCGGAAGGAUAGGGUGCCAGACGCGGAUGUGGACAGAAUGCGCACCAACCUUGUGACGAGUGAUGAAGCCACCUGUGUUGACAACACGAAGCCAAGGGAUCCAGUUACACAGGUCCUCUUGGCCAUCUACUUCUUCCUCAUGGGCAUUUGUGUUAGCCAUCGUCGCUACCUGUGGAUACUGCCAGCGACAUCUUCUGCCUUCGCCACCCUUCUGGCUGCCGUCUCCAAACUGUCAGCCUUCUGUGUCCCUGCCUAUGGUGGGCUGUCAUGGGGGCAGAAGUGUUGGUGGAACAACAAUGUCACACAACUUGUUUUCUCUUGUGUUGCGGGAUCUGCAAGCCUUCUGUGCGCAAGCCUGGGUGCCUCUGACAGCGAGCUGCCAGGAUCUAAAGAUCAGGUAUCGCUCGUGGUCGUCUGCUUCGCGACAGGGUUCGCCGGCUUUCAAGUAUGGGACGUAUUGCGGCACAGAAUGUAUGAUAAGAGCCCACACGCCUUGGUGCACUACACAAUCAUGCUCUGUCUGUUUGGCAGCGCCGCUUUCAAGCAAGUGCACGUGGACUUGCUGUCCGUGGCGCUGCUUGCAGAGUGGAGUUCUGCAGUUCAUGUGUUUCGCCGGCUGCUGAACAUGGCUGGUGCUUGCAGCAACAUGUCCAUGAGCAAAUCUUUGUGGUAUGCAGAGCUGGUGAUGAUGGUGCUUUCCAGGUUGCUUCCUCACUUGUGGCUGCUGGUGCUGGUGGCCUCAAGUCCCGGCUCCUUUGCAGCCCUGCCAUAUUACUGGAUGGCACUUGUGGGACUGGUGUACACAAAUGUGCUGAAUGUGCGCAGAGGUUCGUUUCUUUGGGGCGAACGGCCAGAAAGGGGAUUGGAGAGGGACCACGCCGACUGA